AUCACUCCAAAGAUCGCAAGGUGAGGAUCUGAUUCCUGAAUAUAGAUAAACAUCCUGGAAAAAAAGAAAGAAGUGACGAGGAUAUAGAAAUAACCAGGAAAGUUGUGAUAUACCUAAUAAACUGUCUUCCUUGAACUAACUUUCCUUACGCAUGCUGCAGAUUUCGCUUCAGAAUCUGACCAAAGUUGCAACUUUUGGAAGUUCUCAAUCCAAUUUCAGGGAAAGGCAAUCAUCUAUGGAGAAUAGAUAUGGUUUAUUAAGGCAGAGCAGUGGUUUCUGGAGGUCCUUGAGAGAUGGAGACUUUGAGGAAGAGGAAGUUUGGGCUGUUCUCAGAGAUACAACAGAUUCUACUUCCAUGGUAGGCAAACCCAAGGAGCCUUCUGUUUCUGUUCCUAGACAACUUCCAACUGCUUCAAGAAUGAUACCAAGAGCUACAGCCAGCAGCAGUAGCAAUAGCUCUUCUCAUGAAGCAAAAAUUGUUCAGAAGUCAGCACCUGUAAACAUUCCUGACUGGUCACAGAUUUCUGGAAAAAAGUCAAAGAAGAUCUCCAGGUAUGAUACAUGGGUUGAUGGUGAUGAUGAUGAUGAUGAUGGGGAUUUGAAUGAUGGCCAGGGCAGCGAUGAAGAUGAUGACGAUGAUGAGGACAAUUACAAGUUACCCCCACACGAAUUCAUUGCUAAAAGGCUUGCAAGAAGUCACAUAUCCUCUUUUUCUGUUUUUGAAGGUGUUGGGAGGACCCUCAAAGGGAGGGAUCUUAGCAAAGUUAGGAAUGCUGUUCUAACAAAAACUGGUUUCCUUGAAUAACAGGGAAGGUUGUCUCCAUGACCAUGACCAUGAUUCCAUGUGCUUUUUGUUUUUCAGAGAUUUAGGUAUGGGAGUUUGUGGUUGUUCCUUUAGUCUUUGGAGGUGUUCUUCUGGUUUGUGUUCAGGGUAUGAGAAAUUUAUUUUGAUGUAAAAAAGCAAUCAAUUGAUCCCCCACUCCCAUGUCACCUUUGCUUUGAUAAGCUUGAUUGUAGUAAAAUUUAGGGGCUACCGAGGGACCAAAAAAUGUACAAAUAUCAGAUGUAGGUAAUGCUUAACUUAAUUAGGAGGAUUAACCAUGUAAAUAACAAAAUACAGCCCUGCAAACCAGUUGACAACUCAGGGUUUUAGACGCGAAAUUAGCUUCAAGGGAGGUCUAAUAUUCAUGGUCAUUACCUUUCAAAUCUCAACAGAACCCUGCAUUCUGGUUUGUGCUAUGAUAGCUGAAGGCAAGGAUCAGUACUUCCCUAACUUGAUUGUUGGCUAAGGCAUUGAAAGAAGACAACAAUGUACUGAUUUUAAGGAUUCUGUAUCAUAGAAUCAUAGGUCGAAAUAGAUAUUGCUUGAUAAUAAGACUAUCCAUUAUCAUGA